GAGCGACAGGGCGCACAAAACACCUCAGCCCUCCCACGAAGCUGCGAAUAUACAUUACCACAAACCAGUAUCUCAUCUUCUCUUUACAUCAUGGAAAUUGCCAGUGGUGCCAUUGGCAUCUUCAACUUUGCAAUCGACUGUAUCGGCCGUAUCCAGCUCGCACGCGAUUUUGAAGACGACUUUGCAACGUAUCAGUUGAAGCUCGAUCUCCUCCAGAUCCGCCUUUCCCGCUGGGGUGAGGUUGCUGGAAUAAACAAUAAUCAGAUCAGUAGACCGGCACCCCAGCCCUCGAGCAACAAGGCAAAUGGAGAUGACAGCAAAGGCACCGAUGCAAGCCCAGCAAAGAAGGCAGAAGAAAUCAUCGGCUGUAUCGAAGAUGUUGUCUACAGGGCUCAGCGCGAUGCCAAAAAGACAAAAGCCAAGCUUGCUGCAUGCAGCGAUCAGACACUGGACCCCGAAUCAUAUGUACCGAAUGAUCUCAAGAAGAUCCGCGCAAAGCUGCGAGAGUGCCUCCGCAGACGUAGAGCCCAGGUGAUGAAGACCGCCAGUAGCAUCAAGUGGGCCUUCUACGAUAAAAAUCACCUCGAGAAGUUUAUAAACAACAUCUCCGCACUCGUAACCGAACUCGAGAAUCUCUUUCCAGAAGAAGUGCAGCAGAAACUUCGCGAGCUCAGCAAAGAAGAGUGUAAGGGAAUUAGCAGAUCCAAUUUGGAGGAGCUGAAGGAGAUCGUCCACGAGUGCGAUCCCUGGCUGGAUGGUGCUGUGGAUGAGGAACUCAAACAUGCGCUUGGCGGGGGUACUUACAUCACCCAGUCGCACAAUACCGGCAUGGUUACGGGAAUGCACUACGGAGACAUCAAUGGCGUCAGUAAUGGGAACGGCAAUAAGACUAAGAACUACUGGGGUAGACGUUGACCUGUUUGUGUAGAAACAAUUUGGUCGUGGAACUGGCAGAUUGGCUUUGGUUGUUUUUGUGUGGGGCUAUCUCAAGGUGGAUGGGCUCAAUGAGAUUUGGGGGCCGUUAAAAAUUUUCAGCUGUACCACGUGUUC